AUUCAUUAAUUUGGAAACCAGUGCCCACAAUCAUCAUGUCAAAUCACUGGAACAACUUUGUCGAUCGAAAGGGAUUUUUAUAAGCCGUUUUCUCGCUUUCUGUUCGAGUCAGUCACUUCUCACUUGGAUAUAUAGUGGUCUUAAACACAGCUGAGAAACAGUGUCGCCCGAUGUAGAUUUGUAAACCUCCAUCGUGAUAUAAGAUGUCUCAAACUGUGUGAUCGUACACCGACGGCGUGACGGCUACCAGGGAAGCGGCCAUGUCCCGGCGGCUGCGAGCGUCCAGCGGCUCCUACAACGUCCGAGCCAAUGAGAUCGCUCGGGAGAAGCAGGAACGCAAGAUGCGGUGCCUGGUCGGUUUCCUUGACGACACGGAGGAGAUAUUCGAAAUUGAGAGGCGAGCUAAGGGCCAAAUCUUACUAGAGCUUGUCUUCAACCAUCUGGACCUGAUAGAGUGCGACUACUUUGGUCUUCGCUACUCCGACAGCCUGACCAACGCAGACUCCAAGAGAUGGUUGGACCCCAUGAAGUCCAUACGCAAACAGGUCAAAGGACCGAUGUAUUUCACCUUUGCCGUCAAGUUUUUCGUCUCGGACCCAAGCAAACUCCAAGAGGAGUACACGAGAUACCAGUAUGUCCUACAGCUGAGGAAGGACUUACUAGAAGGAAGGCUGACGUGUUCCUUCAACAUGGGUGCUCUGCUUGCCUCGUACAUCGUACAAGCUGAACUUGGUGAUUACGAGCCCGAGGAGCAAACCCAGGGCUACCUCAAGAACUUCAGCCUCGUUCCCGACCAGACGGAAGAAUUCACCCGGGAGGUGGAGCACCUACACAAGGCAAACUUUGGUCAGCUGCCUGUUGAUGCCGAGUUCAAUUUCCUUCAGAAGGUGAAGAACUUGGAGAAAUACGGAGUUGACUUCCAUAAUGCAAGGGACCAGUCGGGGCUGGAGAUCCACAUCGGCAUCACGUCGCUAGGUGUCGUCGUCUUCCAAAACAACGUCCGCAUCAACACCUUCUCCUGGGCCAAGAUCAUCAAGAUCUCCUUCAAGAGGCGGCAGUUCUUCAUCUGUCAGAGACGGGAACUGCACGAAACCAGAGACACGGUCAUUGGCUUCAACAUGGCCAGCUACAGACACUGUAAGAACCUGUGGAAGUCCUGCGUGGAACACCAUACAUUCUUCAGGCUGGUGGAGCCCCAGCCGCAGCCCAAGAAACGAGUCUUCUUCCAACUGGGGUCAAAGUUCAGAUAUAGCGGAAGAACAGAGUAUCAGACUGUUGAAGAUGCGAAGAGGCGACUAGCCACGAAAGAACGGGAGUUCCAAAGGUCACCGAGCAAGAGGUUAUUCAGGCGAACCAUCAGCGGCACGACUUCCGAGAUCAUCCGGACAGAAACCCGAAGCCUACCCUUGAGGACCGGCAACCAUAAACCGCUCCUCGAUAACCACACAGUGACUAGCAGCCUGCCGACCAGAUCAUCCAAAUUCAAAUCACUAGGACUCAACUAUCAUAACAGCCGGUAUUGCAGCUAUGAUGGGCAUGUCCCCGCUUCGCCUAAUGGCAUACGUGAGAAUGGCAUCUCUAAGAGUGAAGAGUUACUGCAUCCGCCCAAGAUCAUGUUCAUGGACGACGGGGGCAGUGACCUCAGCCUGACGGAGAGGUCAUAUGACCUGCUGAAUGACGGACCAACGCCCAACGGAACUUCACCCACAGGCGACCCCCUGGUAUCGAUACGCAUCAAAAGCGAUGAUAGGGGGCGCUUUGGUUUCAACGUGAAAGGCGGUGCCGACCAAGGCAGUCCGAUCAUUGUGUCAAGGGUGGCACGGAAUACACCGGCCGACCAGUGCAUCCCCCGGCUAAAUGAAGGCGACCAAAUCCUCUUCCUGAAUGGCAAAGAUUUGACACAGUACACCAAUGAGAAAGUGGUCAGUACCAUUCGCUCCAUAGGGGAUUCUGGGAACAAGGACCUCUUACUCACCGUCAGACCAAAUGUUUAUGUCAGUGAGGAAGCAGAGGAGGAGCCCGCCUUCCAGUACAUCCCAGAGAGCCCUCGUGUGCCCAAUGGCGGCAUGGAGAGCGAUCCACUCAUCGAGUCCAUCAUGAUGCUACAAGAAGGUCUCGAGAGCGGAACCGCACUGACACUUUUCGAGCAACUCUACAGGAAAAAGCCAGGCUUGACGAUGAACGCCUGCAGACAUCCUGACAACGUCGCCAAGAACAGAUACCGAGAUAUAGCACCCUAUGAUGCCACAAGAAUAAUGCUUCAGGGAUCAGAAACCGGUGACUACAUCAAUGCUAACCUUAUUAAGAUGGAGAUUCCCGUGAGCGACGUGACCAAUUCGUACAUAGCUGCUCAGGGACCUCUGCCCAACACCUGCGGGGAUUUCUGGUACAUGGUCUGGGAACAGGAAAGCACCUUGAUAGCCAUGCUUACCACCAACGUGGAGCGGGGAAGGGUCAAAUGUCACAAGUACUGGCCUGAGCUGGGUCAGAAGCUGCUCUACCCUCCUCACCUAGAGGUCGCCUGCACGGGAUCGGAGGAGACGCCGUCCUUCGCCUAUAGGGACUUCAUCAUCACACACACAGAGACUGGUGAAACUCGCAAGGUGCUUCAGAUGCAAUACAUAGCGUGGCCCGACCACGGGGUGCCAGACGACUCGUCGGACUUCCUUGAUUUUGUGAUCCGGGUGAGGCAGUAUAGAGUGGGCAUGACAGCGCCGACGUUAGUCCAUUGCAGUGCUGGCAUUGGUCGGACAGGAGUCCUGAUCACCAUGGAGACGGCAAUGUGUCUUAUCGAGAGCAACCAGCCCGUGUACCCGCUGGACAUCGUGCGGACGAUGCGUGACCAGCGCGCCAUGCUGAUACAGACCACGGCCCAAUAUCGCUUUGUGUGUGAAGCCAUCCUCAGAGUAUACAUGGACGGCAUCGUAGUCCCCCUUGAAGAGUUCAAGACGAACGGACAUCGAGAGUCCUAGCCCUUCCUGUUUUUUUGCAUCUCUUCCCUACCCCUCUCAUGCCUCCCCUUACCCCAAGACAGUACCCCUCCCCACUCAUCAUCCAGUGUCGGGCAUAAAAAAGUGACUAUUCUGUAAGAGGGUGGACACAUCUUUGAAAUUGGUCGAACACGAUAUCGACCUGUAUUUGUGAUGUGUGCUCCAUGCUCAGAUGGAGCUUGAACUCACAUCCUUCUACUAGCAUUUUCACUAGCCACACGUAGAUCGUGCGAAUUGAAAUGUACAGUUUGGAUGUGUCCUCUAACCUUAGCAUAAUUUUUUUUUUUUCGGUACCUUGUUAUUUGAAAUCAACAAAUUAUUUAUUAUUUGUAAAAAUACUUCUCUAUUCUUUUAUAGUCAACCAAUAUUUUUUAUUGUAAUCUUUAAAAUCUUAUUAUUUUUUAUGACUCAUUGUAUCGCUGAAAUCAUUUAAUAAUAUUAGAAUUUCUUUAGAGUAUGAGUAUUUUUGUUACAAAAGCUUCUAGAAAAGCUUACUGCAACGAGAUUGAUUCAUCCUUUGGUAGCCUUUACCAUCAGAAAAAAAGUUGGAUGACAAAAUGUUGUAAUAACAUUGUAUCAGUGUGUCCAAACUAUCCAUAUACAAAUGUAAUAUUGCCACAUGACAUUUUUCCUAUUGACUAAAUGGUUGUCCUUCCCCCCCCCCCAAAAGGAGCUGGAUUUAUAUUUCGAUGUCAUUUGGCACGAUUGAAGAAGCACCCUUCCAAAAAAAAUGUAACUUUAAUAAUCUAACUCGAAGUUCUUUCUAUAGAGCCAUUAUUUCCUAAACUAAAUCUCUCUUUUGCUAAUAGCCCCUUGCUCUCGAUAUGUUUCACAGACAUACAUGUAGGAACACACUAAAAUUUGGCUCAGAUUAAGAAAUCUAAUUCUUCUCUGAAAUUCUUGAUUUUUUUUGACUGAACAACCCUUUUUCUCCGCCCCAACCACUCCCCCUAUGUGUGGGUAUAAAUUUUAUGUAUUUCACCAAAUAUAAAAUCAGAGUCCUGUAAAUAGUCAAAAGGAAUUGAGUAAUAAGCUUACUUUGACAAAAGGUGCUUUUUGAAAUGAUUAUUUUCACAUGAAGCGUGUUAUAAAGUUCUUUCAGUUUAACCAAAGUUGAAGAAUAGUUUGGAGAAUUAGCACUUGAGAGUUAUUGCGUCUCUUCCCUUGCUGUGUUGCAAAACACAUUAAUUUUAGAAUUUACGAUCAAUUUAUAAAAUAAAAUAUAACAAAUCAGAAAUUGAGGGAAAACUUGGGAAUUUCUAGAAAAUGUAGAAAACAUAGAAAUCAUGAAAAUCCUGGACGUCUUAGAAGUUAGGAAACUUGAAGUUGUCAAAAUUCCUGAAGAAAUUACAAUCCCAAAAUAAGGAUAAUUUCUUGGGAGAGAUGAAGCUUUUCAAACAUCACAUUGUUGUUUUAAAUAGUAUUGGAUAUGAAAAGCCACUUCUUGAAAAUUGUGAACAUUUUAAUUUUCAGUUGUUGCUGGUGUAUGAUAAAUUUGCAAAAAAAAACUUCCAUGGUGUUAACGAUUAAGGAAUUUUGGAAAUGUGAUCCGAAUUUCAGAGGCGAGGAUAAAUUUUUUUUGGUAGCGACGUCUGUUCCGACCAUUUCUAUGGAUGCUUAAUGCAGGCCGUCCGUGUUCUUGUGAAAAGUAAUGAUAAUUUUGAUAUAACGACAGAAACUUUUACCAGAAUGCAUGUACAUAAGCCAAAACAUCCUGUAUAAAGGGUAUUUUUGUUAAUGUUUGUACAAAGAUGAGUUAUACAUAAAAAAGAAGCCAAAUUUUGGAGUUUGAAUAAGUGUGAACGCUGAGAAUUGUUUUGGUAUAUUUUUUUUUAAUUUUAAACUAGAGUUGCCAUGGUGACUGUAAGUGGUUCAUUUGUAAGAAUCCAACAUCUGCUACCCAAUAUGCAUACAUUUCAUACUAUCACAGUGUCAAGACAGUCAUUUUAAAGGUCACUUUAAAAUUUGUAAAACUUCAAAUUUUAAUUAAAGUCUCGCUGUAUAAAUUUUUGGCAAACAAUGUUUCAUAUUAUGGGAAUUGUUAUAAACCCAAUUCCACAUUUGCUUAGAGGAAUCUCAGUUUACAGAGAUUCAUCUCUUUUCAAAUAAAAGACUUACAAAUACUU